CCAAUUCUAAAUAGGUCACAGGUACUGGAUUGUCCUAUGGUUUUUCUCUUAUCAACAUGGCGAUACGGCGUUGUUUGUGUUGGGAUCUUCGCACUGCAACCUUCGCUAACUUGAUUGCCAUCGUUAUUCUAGCUGGUGGUGCCUUACUUCUGCGUCUUCUAGAUAUUGGUGCCUUCAUCGACCCAAUCUUUGAAAUAAGUCAGGGUUUUAAAACACAGUGGAGAGCACAUCAAUGGGAAUUGUUUUUGUCCUUUGACAUCAUCAUCAUAUUUUGCCAUGUGGUCAUCAUACUGUUUACAAUCUACAUGAUAUACAUGGUCACUCAAAAGCACUUUGUCCUGUACAUGGAGACAAUGAGGAUAUUCACCUACAUCUAUAUUAUGUAUGCUUUCAUUGAGUUUUGUUUAUCAGUUGUGGAGUUCUCUUUCUAUGGCCUGAACACAUUUAGACUGGCUUUUGUGGUUUUCAUUUGGCUGUACUGGCUGGCAAGGAUGAUUGCCACAAUUUGUAUCUCAUAUGUACUGUUUUCCCGACUUGAUGAAAUGGAAAAUGAAAUGGCGUAUGAGCUUCGAUCAUCUGACAGGAAAUACGUCCACUCAUAUUCAGCCCUUAGUUAGACAUCAUUAAAAUAUUUUCUGACUUGUACAUAUUGCUUAAACAAGUACAAAAAGAAGUUGCAUGUUUUUGUAAAAUGUUUAAUUUUGUUUACUUAAUUUCUGCAGUUAAUAAUACGUUUUUAACUAUAUGAAAAUUCACCUCUUCAAGCGUUUUAUUUUAUUUCAUUAGAAUUUAGAACCUUAUUUUGAAAAUCUGAACUAAAGCACUCUUUAAAUAUAAGUUCAUAAUGUUAAACAACAAAUUUAAUGUGAAUGUUUCAAAGAACAAGAAUUACAGUUACUAAGAAAUAACUUAUGUUCAUGUAUUGCUUUCAAACAUGUAUUGUUAAUACUAACCUCAAAUCUUUUUUUACAUCUCGACAAAGCUACAUUCCAAGUGAGAUCAAAGUGACACACCUUUAAAUUUUUGUUGAAUGUCAUUAUUUGUAAAUUUUCUAUCAACAUUUGUUAAACAAUUACAUUUGCAUAAAUAGUGUAUUCCAGCUUUUAAAACGUCAACAUCAUAUUGAAAUUAACAGACACUUUUAUUAAGUUUGAAAAACAUAGUUUAAUCUUAGAGUUGAAUAAUUUUUUAGAAUCUCAGGGUUUGGUUUCAAGAUAAUUCUUAAAAUAUGUAGUUAAUUAAUGUAUUGAAUUUCUAGAUAGGUCUAUGUAUUUGUACAGUAACUACAUUAAAGUUAGGGCUCAUAAUGUGCAUAUUUAAGAGGUUUAGAUUUUAAUGAAUUUUAAAAAGUUUAACUACCCAGGUCUCUAAUUGGAUUAUACUUGAGUGUAAAUAUGUGUACAUAGUCUAGCUAAAUGUAAAAGUUGUACCAAUACUUCAGUUUGUAAGGGAUUGUUCAUUACAUUAUUAUGGUUUAUGCAUUGGUGUAUCAUUCCAUCUACAGACAUUCCAUUUUUUUUGUAUCAGUAAACUACACAAUAGAUUUUUUUUACUAUAUGAUUAUGAUAAUAAAAAUAAAUAUACUUA